CUUCCGCGGCCGGCGGCUGGCCGCCUCGCCGCGUGCCCCGCGGCCAUCGACCACCUUCCCUGGCUCCGGUGCCUCCUCCAGAUCUUCCUCGACCAUCUCUGCCCUUGCGCCGACGAAUUUAUCUUCCAGGCAGGCAGGGGGCUAGUUGGUGCCUGCCAACUGCCAACUAGGAGCCCUUUGGUUGCUGAGGAGAAGGCAGGAGCUAUGCGGAAGGGCUUCCCAAUUUUGGAGGGAAAAUGAGCCUGAAUUGCUGCUCUAGGAGACAGGAAGGAUCAAGGUUCAGACUGGUAGGGUAUUGUUUUCAGCAUACUGGAUAUCAACAACAUAUCGGGUGAUAUGGUCCAAUAUCAGAGUUGAUUAAGCAUCUGUGUGCCAUGGCCUCCAAGUGUCACCCUGAUAAUGAUAUAAUCCAUACAUCGUACCAUUUGUAAUUUCUUAUUCUUAUUAUGGGCAUCCAUCCACAAUAAACUAGCAUGUAGCUUCUCCUUAAUCUAAACUGGCAUUACGUCAUCUACUAAGAGUGUGCCAUUUGUAAACCACCAGGUCCACCGGACCACCACUGUAGUGGACGGCCGGCUAGUUCGUCCGGAGGAUUAAUACUCCCCGAGUCCCUGUAGCCAUGAACCACCACCCAUCCGAACUCUGAAGCCACCAUGAAGCAUCUCCAUCCUGUAGGCCUCCUGCUCUCUUGCUCCUGUCUCCUACUAUGUGCAGUCGCGCUAGUGAGAGCGGACACCCGGCGUGAAGCUGAAGCACUUGUGAGGUGGAAGGCUAGCUUAACCAGUGCUGAUGAGUCCCUUGGGCCAUGGUCGUUGGCCAACUUCACCAGCCUUUGCAGGUGGACGCACAUCACUUGCGACUCGGCCGGACACAUCUUAGGGCUCGACCUUGAGGGUGCAAUUCUGAAUGGCACACUUGACAAGUUCGACUUCUCCGCCUUUCCCCACAUGGAGAGACUCAUCCUGGACCACAACAGUCUAUAUGGUACAAUUCCAGCAGGGAUUGGCAACCUGACAAGCUUAGUCGUGUUGAACAUCAGCUGGAACCCAUAUUUGGGGGGUGCCAUUCCGCGCAGCAUAGGCCAGCUGAAGCACCUUGCUGUACUGCAACUAUCAGGUUUGGGGCUCAAUGGCAUGUUACCUCAAGAGAUUGGUAACUUGACAAGCUUGGAGGAGCUCUAUCUAGACUGGAUUACUUUGACUGGAUCAAUCCCACAAACAAUUGGCAUGCUCAUGAAGCUCCGCGUGCUGAGUCUGCUAAACAACAAUCUGACAGGGAGCAUCCCACAUGAGAUAGGAAACAUGACGGAACUGCAGGAGAUAUACUUUUCGUAUAACUAUUUGGAAGGGCAGUUACCUGGUGCCAUCUCUCACUUGAUAAAACUCCAGAGUUUAUAUCUGUCAGAAAACCAGCUCACAGGCCACAUCGUCCCUGAGCUUGGGAAUAGCAGCCUCGAUUUGGUGGAUAUAGGAAAUAACAACUUCUCGGGGCAGUUCCCAUCAUCCAUUUGUGUAGGAGGAACACUGCGUAUGGUUAGGGCUGAAUACAAUGGAUUUACGAGCAUUCACCACCACACCUUUCAAAACUGCACAACCAUACAGCUUGUUUUCUUCACCGAAAACAAUAUUAUUGCAGACCUAAGGGACUGUUUCGGCAACCAUCUACAAGAGCUUCAGAUGAUGGAUUUCACUCAAAACAAGUUGUACGGCACGCUACUGACAGAUCGGGACGAGGUAUUUCUUUGCAACUAUACUCGUUUAAACCUCUUAGACCUAUCAAACAAUGACUUACAUGGAGGUCUCUCCAAGUGUUUCUGGGACAUGCCAAGUUUGGCAUUCAUGGAUCUGUCCAGCAAUUCAUUCAGUGGUGUAGUCCCGUUUUCGAGGACGUGCGGUAGUAUUCUCAACUAUCUACACCUAGCCAAUAAUAAUUUCAAAGGAACCUUCCCUUUGGGUCUUAAGAAAUGCAAGUACCUCUUCACUCUAGAUCUUGGAGGCAAUCAUUUCUCAGGCAUGGCAGGCAUCGACUUGUCAGGCAACUCUCUUUCGCAAGAAAUCCCAAAUGGGCUCACAACCCUUCUUGGACUCAGGUACCUCAACUUAUCAGGAAAUCACUUGUUAGGUUGUAUCCCUGAAGACAUCGGCAAUCUAGUACUGCUGGAAUCUCUGGACCUUUCGCAGAACCAACUAUCAGGAGAAAUUCCUCUAAGCUUUGCAGAUUUGAAGGGCAUGAGCACUCUGAACCUCUCAACCAAUCAGUUAUCAGGGAGGAUACCUACAGGCAGCCAACUGCAGACACUCGAUGACCCGUCGAUAUACAGCAAUAAUCCUGGGCUAUGUGGAUUCCCGUUGAAGAAAUGUGUAAACUCGUCAACAUGGACACAAACUGAAACAAGCUUUGAUGAAGAUAGAGAGGCACUAUGGUUGUAUUGUUUUGUGGCUGCUGGGUUCAUCUUUGGUUUCUGGCUAUACUGGGGCUUCUUCUUGUUUUGCAGCGAGACAUGGAGGUAUUCAUUCUAUCAGUAUGUGGACAACAUGCAAGCGAAGGUGACCAAGAAGAUACACAGCUGCAUUUCGUGCUUCCAGGUCAAAGGGCCUGAAUGAUGAAGUGCGUCGCUUGUUGUU